AGAGAGAGAUAGAGAUAGAGAGAGCAGUGAAUGUGGCCAGAGAGAGCGAAUAAAACUCGCUCGCGCACUUGUUCGUCACACAUUUGUAGUGUGAAGCAUCCCGCCGCAGCGCGAAGGAUUCUCCGCGUGCGUCCUACCUGACAAUACCCGCAUUAGAAACAAAAGCAAAUAUAGUUUUGCAUUUACAGAGCACGUGAGAGGUUAUUUCUGUAGCUCUCCAGCGCGAGCGGGAAGGACACGCGGCACUAUCCCUCAUUUAAACUCUUACCUUCCGGCUGCCUGCAUCUCUCUGAUCCAUCAGCACCUGAAGAGCUCCGGUAACAAAUCCGCUGUAUCAGACUGUUGGAUAUUGGUUGACGCCAUGGGGAGAGAGGGAGGGGGUCUUCACCAUGGAUCGUGACUUUUUAAACACCUAAGUCAAUACACCGAACGCCUAAAUUGAAGAAGUCCCUCGUGCUUUAGGCGCGUUACCGUACUCACCUUCUUCGCCAAACGGGAUGGUUCCUGAUCGCAGGUGCCUGGGGUGAGAAGAGACCGAGAGACUGAAGAAAAGCGAGUGGAGGAACGGAGAGAUCGAGGGAUUAUGGCUCUCUUCCCGCUCUGUGUCUUUAUUCUGACUCUCACCUGUGCGAACUUUGACCUGGUGAAUGCGGCCAGACAUGCGGUGCACUGGAACAGUUCAAACCUACUACUUCGUAAAGAGGGCUACACAGUGCAGGUGAAUGUGAACGACUAUCUGGACAUCUACUGUCCUCACUACAACAGCAGUCAGAGGGGCGUGGCCGAGCAGUACGUCCUCUACAUGGUCAGUUAUCGAGGUUACCGUACCUGUGACCCACAGCUGGGCUUCAAACGCUGGGAGUGUAACCGCCCCCAUGCCCCCCAUGCACCAAUCAAAUUCUCAGAGAAAUUCCAGCGAUACAGCGCCUUCUCCCUCGGCUAUGAGUUCCAUGUAGGGCAGGAGUAUUAUUACAUCUCCACGCCCACACAUCACCACGGCCGCAGCUGCCUGAGACUGAGAGUGUAUGUUUGCUGCUCAACAGAAUCUGAUUCAGAUGAUGAGCCCCACCCCACGGAGCCAGACUACACUCUGCGACCCAACAUGAAAAUCGAUGACCUCUAUGACUAUGAUAAUCCUGAGGUUCCUAAAUUGGAGAAGAGCAUAAGCGGUAGCAGCCCAUCCAGGGAUCGACUUCUCUUGACCGUGGCAUCACUUUUCCUCAUUGCCCUCUCUGUCUCCUAGCAUCCAUUUUUCGACCGUCGCCACACCAACGAGGCCUUGGGGGGAACGGAAGGGUCCAGGGCCGAUGGGUUCGCGAAUAGACUAGGGAGGAACGCUUUAAAAGCAACGGACGGAUGUUUGGAAAGAUGCCGCAGCAGCUUGCUGAGUGUUGAGAACCAGCCCACAAUUCAGUGGUUUUCAUGUCUUACAAUAGGGACACACCUCGUGUCACCCAGACAAUACUAUUAUGACUUUUAACACUAUAAUAUGAACCGUGCCAUUUUGGUUACAAAAGCGAGGGUGUGUUUCGUUCGUGCGCGCGUAUGUGUUGUUGUGUGUUAAGCGUUUGUGUGGGCUUGUUAGGUGAGGCAUUAUCUGUCAAUUGGCAGGUGAAAAGUUUACGAGCGUCUCAGAUUGCUUGAUGGAAUGAAAGCAAACUGUUGCGUUAAGAGUUGAGGAGCUCAGAUUACUCCUCACAUAAACCUGGCAAAAUAACACAACCACUGAACACAUAAACUAAUUGUUUUUCCCUGUUUGUUUUGUUACCGGAGUAACAUACAAAUCACUGAUGGAGCAAUCGCCUUAAGGGACGGAGCGGCGAUAUUAUUAGAUGAGUCUAAACAUGUCUACAACAGGAACAGAGAGUCAAAAUCUCAAGUAAACAACAAAAGAAAACUGCAUCGGGAAAGCUGCAAUUUACAAAGCGUUGAAAUGCAAUUACAUCAGAUUCUUAUUUGAACUUAUUGUGAUCAUGAAAGCAGGGCCAGGUGUUUUGUUCUACGAUGCAGAAAAUCGAGAGAGAUGUGAUUUCGCAAACACGAACGCCGACACAAACGCAUUAAACACAUCGAGACAAAAGCCAAAUAGCUUUUUUGUUGUUGCUUUUCCCCUUCUCUCUUUUGAUAAAAGGUGCUUGUGUGUGAGCGAUUGAGCGUGAUUGAGUGUAAUUGAGUGAGCGCGUGAACGUGUGCAUUAGCAAAGUAAUGCUGGAAUAUUUUCCCCCGGAUAGGACUCUAUGGACUUACACCUUAAUGGAGACACCUACACAGACACUGUACAUAAAACGAUACACAUGCAUAUUUUUAUGUGUUUGGAACUAAUGGACGGCCAUGUGUUUGGUUACGGACGGCCUCGUGUCAACUCAUUAGUUUGGAUCAUGCUGAUUCUCGCUGGAUUCGGAGAACGGAUGCCAACCAACGUCGGCUGGUUCGUUCCGGUUCAAAGCAAUUCCACUUGUCGGCUGCUCGACUUCAUUUGGUGGUGAUCAGCAGGACCAAAUGGAAAUUGAGGGGUCCGGUGGUUAUAAUCUGUUUCUAUGGCAACAGUUAUUCAGGGGUGUGUUUUUCUAGAAUCCACACACGCCUAAUGGGAGACCUGCUGGAAAUUGGAACAUCAUGCAUAAAACUGAAAUAACUGCAUUACAGACAACAGUACUGGUGACACUUGCCAAGCGUAAUAAAAACAAACGAAUGCUUCGGGAAAGGUAGUUAUUGUGUCGAUAUGAGCUUUUCAAUGGCUAAACAGCAACAUGAAUCAUUUUACAACAAGGUUCAAAAUUAAGGUUCUAACUGUUUUACAUAGACAAGCACCUUAUCAUGAUGGUAACCCAACCAUACCACAGCCCACGAUAGCAACCAGCGCCGCUUCUUGCCAUGCAAAUGCUGCUUAAACUAGCAAUGGCAUGUGGUUUAGGAGAAAUGAUUUGUGGUAGAGGUUUUCUAACGUAGAUUCAUAGCAGCGUUUGAUACGGACACCUUCUAUCACACCUACAGGCAGUCUUUAUAUUGAUAAAAGCAUUUAUUGUAUCAUUCCGAAAAUAAUUUCAGUUUAUGUGGAUCAUUGUGUCUGCUUUAUAUUCCAUUACUAUGACUGCUGUGGUAUCAUCGUUCUAAAACAAUGAAUGGAACAUGAUGUAAACAUUUUACAGACUUGAAAUCUCCUUUUGAUUUGUUUCAUGACCUUCAUGUUGUGUCUUUUAAAGGGUUGAGCAUUAGUAAGUUUUGUGUUUAGAAAGGAUUUGCUUUUUUUGUGAUGAAAUAAUGUCAUGUUUCAGAGGAGGUGAUUAUGUAAUGGAAGGGUAAAUGUCACUCUUCAAAUGUUGCACUUACAAAAACUUGGACACGAGAAUUGUGUGUGUGUAUGUGUGAGCGUUUGUUUCUGUAUUCAUUAUUGUUUCAGGCAGAGAGAAUGCAAUUGCUAGACGUCAUGUCUUUAAUGAAAACUAGCCUAAAUAAGCGUUUCAUCUUUUAUGGGUGUAUGAAUGAGAGAUCAAGCGGGAAUAAACAGAGCGCAGAGUGUUUAUGUAUGCGUGUGUUGUUUUUCAUUGUUUAGUUUAAGCGUAUUCUGUGCGAGUGGGUGAGAGUCAGAUAAAUUGGAUUGUUUUGGGGAAACAACAAAAGCAUUUAUUAGUGUUGGAAACAACCAAUUACAAUCAUGUUUACCUUCAACUGGAAUUAAUUUAAAGAACUUGGAAAAAUAAACUGUUAAUUGAACACACCAUUACAGAGCCUAUAAUUAUAACCGUGAAAACAUUGCGCUUUUGAUUUGUAUUUGUUAUAAACGCAUAAUUUAUGCACUCAUGUGUCGAAUGUUCAUCUGAAUUUGAUCACCAAAAUAAAAAGGACCUAAUCAAAUGAGUGUUCAACUGUA